UGCAUGUGGGUAAAGUGGAGUUUGAACCUGGUGAUGUGUGGAAAUGGUUUCAAGACAAAGUCAGGUUACUGGGAUUAUCUUCGGGUUAUUGAUGCCGUAUUGUUUGGGCACCAGGCAGCCCAGGUGGUAUGAGACUCUGCAGGACAAGUUACUAAAAGAUGACCUACAAAUAUGCAGCUGGUGAUGGAGCACCAACAACCAACAUGCCCCCAACUCAGAAGCCCUCUUUUGGGAGCAACACCCUGGUCACUGUGGAUAUUGUGGUCCCGGUAGUAUACUUUCUGCUGGUGCUGGCUGUUUGUUUCUUGUCCAUGUGGAGGACAAAGCGCAGCACGGUGGAUGGAUACUUCUUAGCUGGGAAGAGUAUGACCUGGUGGCCAGUGGGAGCUUCACUCUUUGCCAGUAACAUUGGCAGUGGACAUUUCAUCGGUCUGGCUGGGUCAGGAGCCGCUGCAGGAAUCGGGGCAAUAGCCUAUGAAUGGAACGGAAUGUUUAUGGUGUUGCUGCUCGGAUGGCUCUUCCUUCCCAUUUAUAUCUCCUCUGGGGUGACAACCAUGCCAGAAUAUUUGCAGAAGCGCUUCGGCGGAAGAAGAACGCAGUUAUUUAUAGCAGUCUUGUCCCUGUUUAUUUACAUCUUUACAAAAAUAUCGGUGGACAUGUAUGCAGGUGCUGUGUUCAUCCAGCUUGCUUUAAAAUGGAAUAUCUACCUGGCCGUGGUGCUGCUGCUAGCAGUGUCAGCUCUCUACACUGUAGCAGGUGGUCUUGCUGCAGUUAUCUACACUGAUGCAGCUCAAACUGCAAUCAUGCUGGCAGGAGCGCUCACCCUCAUGGGCUUCAGUUUUGCUGAGGUUGGAGGUUGGGAUGCUCUGAUGGAGGGGUAUUUCACUGCCAUUCCCUCAGUUCGUGUACCUAUCUCGACCUGUGGCAUCUCUCGAGAUGAUUCCUUUCACAUAUUUAGAGACCCGGUGAACUCAGACCUACCCUGGCCUGGCGUUAUUGUUGGCAUGUCCAUUCCCUCCAUGUGGUAUUGGUGUUCUGAUCAGGUGAUUGUGCAGCGCUCUCUGGCUGCAAAGACUUUGACCCACGCUAAGGGUGGGUCGCUCCUGGCUGCGUACCUGAAAGUUCUGCCUUUCUUUGCCAUCAUGCUCCCUGGGAUGAUCAGCAGGAUCCUCUACACAGAUGAAGUGGCGUGUGCAGACCCUGACCUGUGCAAACAGAUUUGUGGGAAUUCAGUGGGAUGUUCAGACAUUGCUUAUGCCAAUCUGGUUAUGGAGCUUCUGCCUGCAGGGCUGCGAGGUCUCAUGAUGGCUGUGAUGAUUGCUGCUCUCAUGUCAUCUCUGACAUCCAUCUUCAACAGCUCUAGUACCAUUUUCACCAUGGAUUUAUGGAAGAGCUUCAGAUCUCAUGCUUCUGAAUGGGAGCUCAUGAUUGUUGGGAGGGUGUUUGUGCUCGUCCUGGUGGCGGUAUCAGUGCUCUGGAUUCCUAUUGUCCAGGCUAGUCAAGGAGGCCAGCUCUUCAUCUACAUCCAGUCCAUUAGCACCUACCUGCAGCCUCCUGUGAGCAUUAUCUUCCUCAUGGGCUGCUUCUGGAAGAGGACUGAUGAGAAAGGUGCAUUCUGGGGUCUCGCCAUUGGUCUCACUGUGGGCUGCAUACGCAUGUUGUUGGACUUCAUCUACCCUGCACCACUGUGCUUUGAAGAGGACGACAGGCCCAGCGUGCUAAAAUACGUCCAUUACCUCUACUUCUCUAUGCUGCUGUCAUUCAUCACCCUGGGUGUGGUGGUUGUAGUCAGUCUGGCUACUGAGGAACCCACUCCAGAACAGAUAAGUCAUCUCACUUGGUACACAAGGUUUGAUCCAGUGAAGCCAAAAGAGCAGGUGAUCCCAGUGGAGCAGAGACAUACAGGAGGAGACGCAGAGAGCAGAAAUGGACAAGCUGGCCAUCAAAGGAGAAGUCUGUCUCUGCUGCAUAUCUUGACACUUCUCCUUUCCAACUGGCUUAUUCAGUUUUUUUCCAUAUUUUUCACUGACCUUGGCAGACUCUGCUUCAUCUGUGUCCAGCGCUCCCAGUCAGUCCAGGUUCAUAUCCGCCAUCUACUGGUUGUGUGGGAUGGAGAGGCGACAGGAGGCGGACAGCAACACUGUGACUCCUCCUGCCCCCAAGCAGAUCAUCUGCACUCUGGAUGAAAAGCCAAAUCUGCGGCACCUUGUCAACAGCAACCUCAUCAUUUGCCUCUCUGUAACCGUCUUCAUCAUCGGUUACUGGGCUUGAUGGGCAGAACUCUAUGCAAUUCCUUAUGAAAGUAUUCCUACCCCUGAGACUUUUUCAAGUUGCAGCCACAAAGGCCAAUGCAUUCUAUAUAAGGAGCUUUAUGCAAUAGAUCAUUUUGAAGUAGAGGGAAAAUGUUAGUUUGGCAUGUAUUUCUAUUCCCCUUACUCAGAUACCCCUAAAUUAAAUCCAGUGCAACCAACUGCCUUCAGAAGUUGGCAAAUUAGCAAACAAAACAUAACUGUAUGUAAUUUAAUCUCAAUAUAAACCCAGAUAUUCUGUGAAGGCCUCAGAGGUGAGAU